GAGCUCCUCCUGCGGGGCCAGAGGGCGCAGGUCCGGUUGUUAUGGUGAAGCAUUUCCCCAGAGGGCUGGAGCUGGAGCAGCGGACAGCAGCUGAUUCAGUUUCACCGCCGUAGGUACGCACAGGAGCCGCCACUGACAGGAAACUCCACAGACAGAAGACAAUCUCAUUGAGGAACAAGUCGUUGAAGCUUUCAUUCCCAGCUCUCACAUUCUGAAGAUCUACCAAAAAGUGCAGCACCACCACACCACCAGUAACAAGUUUCUGAAGGUUCUCUGUUCACCAUCAAAGGAUAUUUGAAUCAUGUCACUAUCUACAGUAACUGGACCAGGCCUUGUCCUGAGAAUGCCCCUUUUUAUUGUCAUUUAACAUCUUGGUUGACCUUGUGGAUUUGUUGGUCACUGCCGCACACGGAUUCUCAAAUAUUACCCCUUUGUCAGAUCCAAGUCUCUGACACAAUGACCACAAGUAUGGAUUAAAAGUUGAAAUAGAGAAUCUACGCAGGAGAAAAGUUUGAUUUUGCCUUUCCAGCUCUUCCUUCUUCCUCUCUGUCUCUCUUCCCUACAGUGGAUCCUCAAAGUUUCCCACAGUUGAAAUGGAUGAGAGGACUGACAGUUGGUUGAAAUCCACAGCUUGGAUUGUUUUUGGAUACCUCUCUGCCAUUAUUUUGCUUUGGCACAGUUAUGUGAAAGAUGGGCAAGAGACACUGCCAUAGUUUCAUGUUUUUGCUUCCUUCGGAAAUCAUGGAGAUAUCCGUCACCUGAUUGUACACCACAAUUAGUUUUGUUCCUUUAUUCUUUGGACAUUUUUGCUAUUUGUUUUUUUUCUCCACAAAAGGAUACUUUUUCAAAUAAACUGCAGCAUCUUUUUUGUGGUCUCCCACAGGCCGUAAUGUAGGCCUGUUUGGCCUGUCAGAGGGCUCUCUUAAGGGGCACGAGGGAGUCAUAUGAGAAAUUUGGAGCUCUGAAAGGAUUUAAUAUCCUUCACGGACUAAGUGAAACAGACAGGAAAAUAGUAGCAAAGCCGCUGUAGCUGGUGGUUGUGUUGUGGCAAAAUGGCAGCAGAUCACGGCGAGCUACUGGCUGAGAUGUCAACAAUCGGGCGUCUGAGCGCCACAGAACGCCUAAAGCACGCCCAGAAGCGUCGCGCUCAGCAGCUGAAGGCUUGGGCACAGAUGGAAAAGGAUGCAGCACGAGGGUCAAGAGCCAAAGCAGAUAAGAAGAAGCCACGCACCACCAAAGUGAAAUUCCCCAACGCUGUCACCCUGCUAGACGCAACUGCCCGCAAUGACUUGAAUGAGGUGAGGGAGCUUCUUAACAGCGGUGUCAGCCCAGAUCUUGUCAACGAGGAUGGACUGACAGCCCUUCAUCAGUGCUGCAUCGAUGAUUUUGUGGAGAUAGUGCAGUGCCUGCUGGAUGCUGGUGCCUGUGUGAAUGCCUGUGACAGUGAGCUGUGGACGCCGCUGCACGCUGCUGCCACCUGUGGACACACUGGACUGGUGCAGCUCCUGAUUCAAGCUGGGGCUGACCUGCUGGCUGUUAAUGCGGAUGGCAACAUGCCCUAUGACCUCUGUGAGGACGAGGCCACCCUCGAGCUGCUGGAGAUGGUUAUGGCUGAACAGGGGAUAACUCAGGACCGUAUAGAUGAAUGCAGGGGGGCUAAAGAGACGGCCAUGGUGGCUGACAUUCGGGCUCUUGUGGAGAGCGGAGCAGACUUGAACGCACAGGACAACAAUGGGGCAACUCUGCUCCAUAUCGCAUCUGCCAAUGGCUAUGUGUCUGUGGCAGAGCUGUUACUAGAGAACAGUGCACAGGUGGAGGUGAAGGACUCUGACGGCUGGACGCCGCUACAUGCUGCCUCCUGCUGGGGACAGAUCCAACUGGUGGAGCUGCUGGUGGCCCAUGGAGCGAGUCUGAACGCAAAGUCUGUCCUAGAGGAGACGCCUCUGGAUGUAUGCAUGGAUGAGGAGGUCAGAGCCAAACUGAUGGACUUGAAGCACAAACACGAUGCCAUCAUGAAGAGCCAAGACAGACAGAAGGGCACGCUGCAAAGACGAGCAUCGAGUACUGGGAGCAGAGGUAAGGUGGUGCGUCGUGUCAGUGUGAACGAGCGCUCCAGUCUUUACCGGCGGGAGCAUCACAAAGAGGCCAUGGUGUGGCAGGAGCGUGGCCGACAGCCUGAGCCCCAGGACGACGACGAUGACAGACAGACUGACAAUGAGCUGCACCAGCAUGCCACUAUGGUUGCUGGUGGUGCAGCUACGUCACAUAUAGAGGAACUGGAGUCUGCGGAUAGGAAACUCGUCUCGACCCUGGGGAAUGGAGAGACCUCUGUUUCUCUCACCUCCUCUGUGCCUGGAGAGCUGUGGAUCGGUGAAGGUCCCAUGGAGCGCAGCGCCUCCUACCAGCUCAGCCCCACAUCAGCAGAGGGUGAAGGUUCAGACAGUAUGACUCGGGAGAAAUCACACCACACCCUGGCUGACCUGAAGCGCCAGCGGGCAGCCGCUAAGCUCAAUAAAUACCCAGCACCUCAGCCACCCCUGCACCCUCCCUUAGAGGAGGAGCCUUCUGUUGCACCGGCAGAGGUGGCAACCACUCAGGCUCAGCCAGAGCCCCAAAUGACCCCUGUCUCAGCGGUCUCCCCCAGCCAGGUGUACUUCACCCCAGCCAGCGGAGAUCCUCCUCUACUGAAACUUCGAGCCCCCGAGGAGGAGCAAUCCAACAAUAAGGAGCCUUGCUGUGGACUCAUGUAGUUCACCUCACACACUGCCUACAGAGGACAGAAGCUGGACAUGUUACACCCCAAAGUGGCAAACCCUUUUGAAAACAGACACGCUUUAAAUGAAUCACUGAAGUUAAGGCCACAUGCCAAUGAGGGUUCAUUCUACACUGCAGUCCAAGUACUAAACUCAUUCUAUGUCCUCAUUUCCUCUGCACUUAUCUUUUCCUUUCACAAAACUUAAUACACAUCUCAUACUAGACAUUCACACUGAAGGGCUGCUUACGCUGCUGCACAUCAUGUGGUUCUAGUGUUGCAAUCAUAAAGCUCUGCUCCUCUCAGUCUUCUUGGUCUUUUUUUUUACUCAUAUCUUACUUAAUUACUCAAUUAGACUCACUGAAAAGUCUUAGAAUCAUGUGAAAGAUUAGAAAUCCUCAAAUCUGAAUGAAAAUUAAUUGUAACUGAUUUAUCUUAAAUUCAAAACAAGGCUCUGUUUUCUUUGCUGAAUAAAUGGUGUUAAAGGUACGUGGUCUACAUUUGCAGACAUUCACAUUAUAAGCACGAGGUUUUGGUGUGUGGGAGGUUGGUUGCACUAGUUUCAGUUUAUAAUACAGCUAUUCUGAAUUUUCAUUUACACAAAUAUGGAUUGUUUCCUUGCUUGAUUUUUCUUCAUAAACAGAAAAUAUAUUGUAACAGUCUUGUUACUUUUCAGUGCACAAAAAGGCCUACAUUUCAAGUUUUGUAAUGGUGCAAUUUGUAAAUUAAACAUUUGUCUUUAAUGCAAGAUAAUUGAUAUUUCAAAGGAAUAUUGUACUCCGCUUAUCGUUAUCACGACCAGAUUACUAUUUUUCUGUCAGUAUUUCUUUUUUUUCUACCAUCAGAAUGGAAUUGCAUUAUUUAUUCUAUCUGAUGCUGAGAGUAAGUGACUUGUACCAUUGUUGAAGAAAAAUAUAACUCUGUAAAGAAAAAAAAGUGAAGGCAAAAUAUUUUUAUGGUCACAGAAUUAUCAGAGAGAUGGUGUUUAGUUUUAUUGUCAAACCAAGUCAACUUGUCACAUGAUUGUCUAUCAAAGGUUGGUGCCUUCAUUAGGUAGCUUAUUUAAUGUAGGUUUGCAAUGCUUGCACGUAGUCCCACGUGUAAACUUGGUGAGCAGUGGGAUUAAAUGAUCUGUCGGACAUGGACUUGAUGUACUGUCAAUGCACUCCAAUUUCUGUAUUGUAUUUCAGUUUUGUUAGUGAUUUUUACUGAUCCCUGUUUAGAAAACCGAAACAUAAAAAGAUGUUUUCACAAACGA